CUGAGCACAUCUCGCAGCUCCAUAUCUUUUACUCAUCUCUCUCUCUCUCUUCUCCCUCUCUCCCUGGACGAAAGGAUCGCCGAUUAUCUCUCUCGUAACUGUUUGCAGUCUUAUGUUUCUUGGUCCAGUCAAGCUUGUCCCAACUCUGCAAAGAUAGUACAAAAAUAUCUAAGAAAUAUCCAAGUUCAGAUAUUUUUUGAAGAUCCAAACUAAGAUUUUCGGAAUUAUUGUUUGACCAUAUUGUUUUUUUAGUACAAUGAUUUUCUUGGUAAUUUCGGUUUGGAUCUAGCUCAAUUAUGGCGGUUAAUGAAGCUUUGCAGGUGAUUUCUUCCAUGUUACUUCUUUGAUUUUAUACUUCUCUUCUCUGUGUUUUUUUUUUAUUGCUUUGUAUUAUGUACCUGGCUACUCUGGUUUAGAUAAUUUGAAGCUCAUCUAGGUUCAUCCAUAUCAUUUAUAGUUGUUGAAGAUUGGCGCUAUGUGAGAUUUUUAAAUCAUCAUUUCUGUUGAUUCUCUGCAUCUUUCAAUUAUUUGUAGAUUAAUAGUGUUCCAAGUUCUCAAUUUCAAAUUGUUUGGAUUUUUUUUUUAUAAAAAAAAUUGUGCAUACUGGUAUCAUCUUAUCUUUAAAAGAAAGAAUUUGAUGUUAAUGCUUUAUGGUGUAUUUUUUUUACUGAUAUGGUGUUCUGGUCAUACAGGGUGAAAGCAAUUUGUUGGGUUUCAAGCCGUUUUUAGCCAGCUAACAACAUCUGGUGUAAAUUGGCAUCACUUGUAUAUAUAUUCGGUUAUGGAUUAUCAUUUGACAUCACUUUGUAACCGGUGAAUACCCAUUGUGUUAGGUUUAGAAGGGUCUGUAGUUGCAGAGGUUUGGUUUUUGCAGCCAACGCUAUGCGCCAUUCUUUUUCCCGAUUCAAGAAGUUUUUUUUUCAAUCUGAACUUGGGCCGUUUUUAUUACUAGUCUUUUGUCUGACUGAUAGAGUAUCCUGAUGAGUGUUGAUAGUGAUGAGGAUAGGCAACUGCUGAAGCUGAAUCACCGUUCAUGGGACGGGAAGGAAAGGGUUAAGAAUGGAGUGGUGGAUGAGGAAGGAAGGUUAGUUGAGGAAGAUGAGUCGAAAAGUAAUGGAAUAGCUGGAGAUGUAAACGGUGGGGAAGGAGGGGCUGUUCAAGUCCAGGCUGUUAAGCAACAGCUUCAAGGGUCAACGGUUUGCUGGGAAAGGUUUCUACAUGUUAGGUCUCUUAAGGUUUUACUGGUGGAAUAUGAUGAUUGUACUCGCCAUGUUGUCACUGCACUGCUUCGCAAUUGCAGUUAUGAAGUGACUGCAGCAGCAAAUGGAUUGCAAGCAUGGAAGAUUCUUGAAGAUUUGACUAAUCAUGUUGAUCUAGUCUUAACUGAGGUAGUUAUGCCGUGCUUAUCCGGUGUUGGUCUUUUAAACAAGAUUAUGAACCAUAAGACGAGGAAAAAUGUUCCUGUGAUUAUGAUGUCAUCUCAUGAUUCAAUGGGUCUCGUCUUUAAGUGUUUGUCAAAGGGUGCUGUUGACUUUUUAGUGAAGCCUAUACGAAAGAAUGAGCUUAAGAACCUCUGGCAGCACAUUUGGAGGAGAUGCCAUAGUUCUAGUGGUAGUGGAACUGGAAGUGAAAGCGGCACACAAACUCAAAAGUCUGUAAGAUCAAAAAGUGUUGCAAAGUCUGAGAACAAUAGUGGAAGCAAUGACGAGGAAGAUAAUGAGAGCACUGGUUUGAAUGUUGGAGAUGGAAGUGACAAUGGGAGUGGCACUCAGAGUUCCUGGACAAAAAAAGCUGUAGAAGUUGACAGUCCGCGACAAGUUUUCUCAUGGCACCAGGUAGCUGAGUGUCCUGAUAGUACUUGUGCCCAAGUAGUUCACUCAAAUGCUGAAUCACUUGGUAACAAAUUGGUCCCUCCAGCUGCAACAAGGGAGUGCCAACAACAGAAGGAACAUGACAACUUUGCAAUGGGAAAAGAUCUAGAGAUAGGCCUAUCCAGUAAUAGAGAUUUACAGCGUCAGCACGCUAAUGACUUUUCAACCAAACCAGCAGGAACAAGACAGAAUAAUCUGAUUGAGAUAGGUUCUGGUGAAUUUGACCACCAGAUUGAUAAGGGGCAGCUGAAGUUCAACUAUGAGAGUCUUUCCAGUAAGCCAAAGUAUGAUGGUGCUACUAUAACAGGUGUUGUCACUGAUCCCACAGAUCCCCUGAUGGACAGCACACAAUUCGAAGCUUCUAACAGACAGUAUAAGGCCUUAGACAGAAGCACUAAAGCCAAUAGUAAUACUCAUGAACCAUCCGUGGAGCUCAGUUUGAAAAGACUUAGAGGAGUUAAAGGCACUGAGACAACAGUACAGGAUGACCGCAAUGUCUUAAGACGUUCAGACUCUUCAGCCUUUUCAAGGUAUAAUGCAGCCUCAAAUGCUAACAAGGCUCCUUCUGGGCAUGUUGGAAGCAACUCUCCACAUGAUAAUAGUGGGGAAGUUACAAAAAAGGAAUUUUUUCGCGAUAUUCGACCUCAUUCAAGCGAUAACCCUCCCAAUCAAUCCUCAAAUGGAGGCAGCAAUAACAUUGACAUGGGCUCCACAACUAAUAACGAUGUUCCCAAAUCUCAAGUUAUAAACAAGUCAGCAGCAGCAUCCACUGUCCAACUUUUGCAUCCAUCGUCUACUUUCCAUCCUGUGAAAAAGGACCUUAAGAGUGCUACCCAGCAAGUUUUAGUAGAUAAUGCUAAUAAUGUGGCGGCGACAGUAUUGGCUCAAUCAAGAGAUGCCCAGAAGCAACUCCAAAUUCAGAACCUCCAUCAUGAUUAUGAUCACUGUCAGGUCCAUCGCCAUGUUGUCCACACCAUGCAAGGACAACACCUGCCUGAACAUAAUGAUUUAUCUUUGAAGAAAUUGGCUGUAGCUGCUCUGCAUUGUGGAUCGUCCAAUGUUCUGAGUGGGCCUGUUGAAGGUAAUCCCGGAAAUUACAGUGUCAACGGAAGUGCUUCAGGCAGUAACCAUGGGAGCAAUGUGCAAAACGGAAGCAGCACUGGAAAAAAUGUAGGUGGUACAAACAUGGAAAGUGAUGUUGCUGGGAAAAGUGGAAGUGGUGAUGCUAGUGGAAACCAGAGCGGAAAUAGGGUAGAUGAAAACAAGGUCAAGCAAAGAGAAGCUGCCUUGACCAAGUUUCGUCAGAAAAGAAAGGAGAGAUGCUUCCGGAAAAAGGAAGGCUUGUUAAAUUGAGUGCUUCCUGUUUGCGCAACAUUGAUGUGAAUUGAGUUCGGUAUCAAAGCAGAAAGAAACUGGCAGAACAACGACCUCGCAUUCGGGGACAAUUUGUGCGGCAGACGGUGAGCGAGAACACGGUCAGGACAACAGAUAGCUAAUCCAACACUUCCGAUAAAAUAGGGUUGAAAUUCGGUGUACUUGUGAGUUGUUAUCAGUUACAUGUAUAUGUACAUUUCUUGCAACUCUUAUGAGCGAGGUGCAUGGUAAAUAUUCAUGUAAAGAAUUGGAGGUGUUGGAGGUGAGAACUCUAUAAGACAGACCACACCUUGAGAUGCAUUCCAUUAUUGUGGAUUUCAAGAUGCUUCUUUUACACAGGAGGCCAUCGGCUUUCUGCGAUCAGAGUCUUUCUAUUUGGUGUGGUGUUAUUUUUUGACCCUACCCUGGCAAUUAUGGAAAUUUAUUUUCCUUUUAAAAGAAGAAAAAAGCCUUUUUAAUUCCUA